AUGGCAACACACGUAUCAAAACCAUCGUCCAAUCACUCAGAUCUUGACAACGUGUGCAAGAGGGUGCCCAAGGCCUGCGAUCGCUGCCGUCUGAAGAAAUCUAAGUGUGAUGGAGCCAUGCAAUGUUCACGUUGUCGAGCAGAUAAUUCCAUCUGCGUGUUUGGGGAGCGAAAGAAGGCUCAUGAGAAAGUGUACCCUAAGGGAUACGCCGAGAAGCUCGAACAACAACAAGUCUGGCUAGUCCACGGUCUCCAAGCACUAUACCAUUGCAUAACCAAAGGUGAAGCCCAGCCCGGCGAUCGUUUGAAUAUCGAACCCAACGGCCAGCCGCUCACCCAUGACCUUCUUACACGCCUCGGCGCUCUCGAUCACUUCCAGGGUGAGCGUUUUGAGGAAAAUCUCGAAAUUUUGCAGAAGGGACUAUGGCGCCCCUAUUUGCAGUGUCGGGAAUCAACCGUCGGCAGCUACACAGACGAGCAGUCGUCUGCCAUCCGUAUACAAGUCUCCCCCGAAGCCUCCUCUCAGCAGACUAUUUUCUCUACGCCGCCAGCACACAAUAGCCCAAACAAUAAGACGCAUAUCAAGGAAGGUUUUAUGCUACCCACAACGCGACAUACUAUUCCAUCUGUUCAAUCAAUACAGGGUGUCAUUGACCCGCUUGCUCUCCAGGGUGGAGCAGCGCAGUGGCGGCAAGCCAGCAGCGAUUUCAAUAUCUUCAACGAGAUGGAUACGAUGACUGCCGCGGAUUAUUCGACUCCCAUUCUCGACGAGCCUAUUCCAUCGCCUGUAUUCACUCGCGAGAUGCAAAUGGAUUGUAUCGUGUCCAAUGAAUAUGAAGACUAUUAUCAGUUUCUCAAUUCGGAUUCAACUGAUAUCACCUUGAUCUAA